AUGUGCGGCAUCACUUGUGCGGUUGCAUUGCGGGGUCAUGGACCAUUAGCAAAGGAACGUGGGGAGUUGAGCAAGACACUGGACCAGAGUCUGGAUAAUAUCAAGCAUCGUGGGCCCGAUGCAGAAGGCCACUGGAUUAGCGAAGAUUGUCGCGUGGCUCUUGCCCACAACCGACUAGCGAUCGUCGACUUGAACCCGGAAGGUGAACAGCCAUUCCAUGAUGAAGGCGGCACUAUCCAUGUCGUAGUAAACGGCGAGCUAUAUGGCUAUCAAGAGAUCCGAGAUCGCCUCAGUCGCGAGGGCUAUAGAUUCAAGAGCCAGUCAGACUCCGAGAUUGCACUGGCGCUAUACAAGAAGCAUGGUCUAUCCUUUCUAUCGCAUCUACGCGGAGAGUUUUCACUAUGUUUAUACGACUCCGAGGCUCAGAUCUUUAUCGCCGCAUGCGAUCGAUAUGCCAUCAAGCCCAUGUACUACACGGUCCUAGAUGGCAAACUGCUGGUCGCUUCCGAGAUGAAGGCAUUCCUUCCUUUCGGAUGGCAACCUGAGUGGGACGUGCAAAGCAUCAAAGACGUGGGCUGGUUGUGCGAUGGAAGAACUAUCUUCCAAAGUGUUUCCAAGAUACUGCCUGGUCAUUAUUUGUUGUGUAGGUCUUUCGGCACCAUUACGCAAGGCAAGUAUUGGGAUGUCGACUUCAAAGACAAGCGUGAGCUUGAAACAAGGGGUGAAGAUGAGAUGAUACAAGGCGUACGAAAACAUCUCCUAGAUGCCGUACGAGACCGCCUCCGUGCAGAUGUGCCGAUUGGUGUCUUUCUCAGUGGCGGCAUCGACUCCAGCGCAAUAGCGGGAAUGGUGAAGCAUCUUAUGGACACGGAAGGUGCUCAGCUUGGUACUGCUCCAGCUUCAGAAAGGAUCAACUGCUUCAGUGUUAAGUUUAUUGGUGAAGAACAUGACGAGGAGCCGAUCGCGCGUCGUACUGCGGACUGGCUUGGAGUCAAGAUGCACCACUGCGAGAUGACCGAAGAGAAUUUUGCGGCCAACAUCGAGAAUGCAGUCUGGCACAACGAGACAGCUGUGACUGAUCUGGGGACUGUCGGUAAAUUCCUGCUUUCAAAGCUUACCAGUGAUGAAGGUAUCAAGGUUGUUCUUACAGGAGAAGGAUCAGAUGAACAUUUCGCCGGCUACAGAGAGUUACUUACCGACUUCGUUCGCGAACCCGAUCUUGCAUGGCCCAAUUCCUGUCUCCCUGAAGAAGAGCGCAUAGCAACUUUUAAGGGGCUAGAGGGCACUGACACCUCAGGUCCAAAAGAACUCGUGACUUCGGCCGCAGUCCGUGCCCAAGUGAACAACACUUCUUUCCUCGGCUUCACGCAAACCGCAUCUCUACGAGAUCCGCUCUUCGCUCCUUGGGUAUUCGGCGAAUUCGGGACUACCGACAAACGCCUCACUGCCGUGAACGCCAUCGACGGUCGUACGCGAGAGCUGAUGACCAACAAAUGGCAUCCACUCCACACUUCUCUGUACAUCUGGACGAAGUCGUCUCUUGCGAACGGUCUUCUCACCGUAUUAGGUGAUCGUUGCGAGAUGGCCCACAGUGUCGAAGGACGUCAACCAUUCCUCGACCACCGCCUCACAGAAUACGCCAUGAAACUUCCGCCCUCAGUAAAACUGCAUUACGAUCCUUCUACUCGAACCUUCAGCGAAAAGUGGAUCCUAAAGGAGGCCAUGAAGCCAUUCAUCACGGCUGAGCUAUAUACACGCAAGAAGCAUCCUUUCUCUGCUCCAGUGAAAUACAAGCCUGAUGGACCAGUGCAUAAGCUGUUCGAGAAACUGCUCACGAAGGAAAACGUCGAGGCUUUGGGGUUUCUGGAGUGGGACAAGUGUAAGGAUCUGUUGCACGACGCGAUGUACGAUGGGGACCGGCCGAAGUGGAGCCAGAUGAUACUUGUGGGCCAGUUUGUAAUCCUGAGUCAGAAGUUUGGAGUGAAGAAAGCUGCGCCGGAGUUUGUUAGAUUGGAGACAAAUGGCUUUGCAAGAUAG